UCCGGCGGGGCGCCGGGGGCCCGGCAUCGCUUUGCCCCCUGGCACAGCUCUGGGGGCUUCGUUGCCUCCCCCGUGUACUCUGGGACGGGGCCCGGGGAGCAAAGGGGGCAGUUUCUCCUCUCUUUCCCCGCCCGGCUCCCCGCGCCCUCCGGGGCAGCGCCGGGAAGGGCCCCCGGGGCUGUGCCGGACUCGGCGGUUCGGGGAAUGCGAACUGGCGACGGGCUCGCUUUUGUUUGCGUCCUGGGGAUCUUUGUGUGUGUGCACCCCCGAAGCCGUGUCUGCAGAUAAAUGCCAUCGGUGCGCUUUGUGGGGAGUUCGCCUUCACCUCCUCCCUCGGGGCUUCUCAGGGGCCUGUCUCCUUUUUUUUCGGGGAAAGGAUGGAAGUGUAGGUGUGGGAGUGCCCGUGCUGACCAGGUACACAGGUCAUGGCACGCCUAACGAAGAGACGACAGGCAGAUACGAAGGCUAUCCAGCAUCUUUGGGCAGCUAUAGAAAUAAUCCGCAACCAGAAGCAAAUUGCUAACAUUGACCGUAUUACAAAGUAUAUGUCUCGAGUCCAUGGUAUGCAUCCUAAAGAAACCACACGUCAGCUGAGUUUAGCAGUCAAGGAUGGUCUCAUUGUGGAAACCCUGACGGUGGGGUGUAAAGGGUCAAAAGCUGGUAUUGAACAAGAAGGAUAUUGGUUGCCAGGAGAUGAGAUUGCCUACGGUAUGCAGCCUUUUUCCCAGACAGCAGCAAAAAACAAGGACUGGGAAACAGAAAAUCAUGACUGGUAUUGUUUUGAAUGCCAUUUGCCUGGAGAGGUGUUGAUAUGUGACCUGUGUUUUCGUGUGUAUCAUUCCAAGUGUUUGUCUGAUGAGUUCAGGCUUAGAGACAGCAGUAGUCACUGGCAGUGCCCAGUUUGCAGGAGUAUCAAGAAGAAAAACACAAGUAAACAAGAGAUGAGCACAUACCUGCGAUUCAUAGUGUCUCGUAUGAAGGAGCGGGCUAUAGAUCUAAACAAGAAAGGGAAGGACAACAAACACCCAAUGUAUCGAAGGCUGGUGCACUCAGCUGUUGAUGUUCCUACUAUACAGGAGAAAGUGAAUGAAGGAAAGUACAGGAGUUAUGAGGAGUUCAAAGCAGAUGCUCAACUGCUUCUACACAACACAGUGAUUUUCUAUGGAGCGGACAGUGAACAAGCUGAUAUAGCAAGGAUGCUUUACAAAGACACCUGCCAUGAACUGGAUGAACUGCAGCUUUGCAAGAACUGUUUCUAUUUGUCAAAUGCGCGACCUGACAACUGGUUCUGCUACCCUUGUAUACCUAAUCAUGAGUUGGUCUGGGCCAAAAUGAAAGGCUUUGGGUUUUGGCCAGCCAAAGUCAUGCAGAAAGAGGACAAUCAAGUUGAUGUUCGCUUUUUUGGCCAUCACCACCAAAGGGCCUGGAUCCCCUCUGAAAACAUUCAAGACAUCACAGUUAACAUCCACCGGCUGCACGUGAAGCGCAGUAUGGGAUGGAAGAAAGCCUGUGAUGAACUGGAGCUGCACCAGCGUUUUCUUCGUGAGGGGAGAUUCUGGAAAUCAAAGAACGAGGACAAAGGGGAAGAGGAGGCAGAGUCGAGUAUCUCUUCCACUAGCAAUGAGCAACUGAAGGUUACUCAGGAACCAAGAGCUAAGAAAGGACGACGUAACCAGAGUAUGGAACUCAAGAAAGAAGAGCCAGAACCUGAAACUGAAGCAGUAAGUUCAAGCCAGGAAAUUCCCACAAUGCCUCAGCCUAUUGAAAAAGUUUCAGUCUCAACUCAGACCAAGAAGUUAAGUGCCUCUUCUCCAAAAAUGCUGCAUCGGAGCACCCAGACCAGUAAUGAUGGAGUGUGUCAGAACAUGUGCCAUGACAAAUACACCAAAAUCUUUAAUGAUUUCAAGGACAGGAUGAAAGCUGAUCACAAAAGAGAAACUGAGAGAGUUGUGCGAGAGGCAGUGGAAAAGCUGCGUACAGAAAUGGAAGAAGAGAAAAGGCAGGCUGUAAAUAAAGCUGUGGCCAACGCACAAGGAGAGAUGGACAGAAAAUGUAAGCAGGUAAAGGAGAAGUGCAAAGAAGAAUUUUUAGAAGAAAUUAAGAAACUAGCAGGUCAGCACAAGCAACUGAUUUCCCAGACCAAGAAGAAGCAGUGGUGCUACAACUGUGAAGAGGAGGCCAUGUACCACUGCUGCUGGAACACCUCCUACUGCUCCAUCAAGUGUCAGCAGGAGCACUGGCAUGCCGAACACAAACGUACCUGCCGCAGGAAAAGAUGAAAGAGUUACUCCUCCCCUAGAGCACCACCCCAAUGAUUGCUAUUCUCAGACAGAGCGGUUUUUGUUUCCAAAAAAAACCAAAACAAAACAAAACAAAACAAAACAAAAAAAAAAAAAAAAAAAAAGAAAGCCAAAAUUGUUUAGAAUUUGCUUCCCAUUUUGCACCAGCCUUUAAACGCUUUUCGUAAAAUGAGAUUUUGCACAGUUAUUUCAGUCUUCUGUUAAAAAACGCUCCUCCAAAAUUUUGUCGGCAAAAUGAAUUGAACAUCUGUGGGAGCAGGUUACUUCAAAUAAUUUUAAACUAGAGGAUUUGUUGCAUUUUCAGCAAAUUUUAAGACAUUUUUAGGUUUUACAGAGGUUUUAAUCUUUAAAAACAGCAGAUCUGAAAACAAAAAAAUGAUGCAAGUUUAAUGAAAGGAACAUUUAAAAACUAGUUCUGAAUGUAAGAAGUACAGAACUGUUUCAGAAAAACGAAGCAUACUACCUUGAUGUAACAUUUAUUUCCUAACCUUGUUGAGCUGGUUUUGUUCAGCUUAAUUUUACUGUUUAAAGGCAUUAUCUAUUGGUUAUACCAGUGGGUACAUGAUUGAAUUUAGGGAACAGGGUUCACACAGCAGGUGCUAGUCCUGCGUAUUUUUUCUUAAAUAUUUCCCAACUGUGUUUUAUUUUCAUUAUUUCUUUUCAAUAUAUAACUUUUAUAACAAAAUAUUAGCUUUGAUCUUGUAGUUUAAAAUCACAGGGAACUGGGGUAAUCUUUUACUGAGCUGGAUCUUAGAGAAAAAUGAAUAUUUAAAUUUUGAAGUUUGCACAUUUCGUCUUUGUUCUAACAUGAGUGCUUAUAACAAGAACAAGAAAAGCCAAAAAAAAAAAAAAAAAGCCAACAAAAAAACCACCAACAAACAACAGACAAACAAAAAAACCCAACUACCUUUAUUCAUACUCGGAAUUUUGAGGCAUACAAAUUACUUUAUUGCGCCCCCCCUUCAGCCUCCCCAAUGCAAUGUCAUUUGACGACCUCUGAUCUGAUGUCACCUGGUCCAUAGUAACUGAUAAUAAAAGGAGAAAAAGCACUUAAGUUUCACAGAAGCCGUUAUGUUUGUAGUAAUGGGUCAUUGCCUAAUAAUGAGCUCCAUCACUGUACUCAGAAUGAAGAAUAAUGCAUGUUAAUUUUCUUGUAUUAAAGAUGCCGUGAUUUGUAAAAAGUCUGUAUUUUGCGGAAUGUCUGGAUUAAGAAGCAUUACCAAUAGGAAUGGAUCGAUAGUUGAAAAAUUAUUUUCUUUUUGUUUGUUUUAUAUAUAGAUAUAUGAAUUGCAUCCAUGUUCAGAGACAAUUUUUUAAAUAGAUGUAAAGCUUACUUAAAUAGCUUUUCUUUUAAAGUGUCUCCACAUUUUAGUUUCUUUCAAAGAUUGGUCUUAGACUGAGUCAUACGCCCAUUAAUCAUCCAGCUAUUUUUUGAGAAGUUAGAGGAAUAAUUUGUAAAUAUUUAUUUAGAUCUUUGAUAUUUAUUGAAAGCAAUUACAUGAUGGAACGAUGGAAGCUGAAGAAUCAGAAGGAAAGCCUUUUAAAAAGUUUUCUCUAGGAUUUGUCAGGGUCAUUGUAAAGACAAAAAUAUAACUAAGACUUCUGUGAACUACCACUGAAAUCCUGACCUUUUUUACUUAAAGUGGUGAUGUAAGUUAAUUGACUAGAUACCGCCAAAUAAUGCCCAAUAUGUUGCAGAACUUAAGUGGUAAGUUGAUUCAAAAAAAUAGUAAGUAGAUGGUAACUUGUAUUACCACAGCUACAUUAUUGCCUGAUAAAUGUGUAAUUAACUUUUGUCGCCUCUGUGUUGUGACUGUAAAACACUUCACAACUAAAAAUCAAUCCUGUUCGAUUACUUUACGAGUUCCAAAACUUCGAUCCACCCCUAUGAAAGCAAGUAUUGUGGAAAUAUUUUUGGUGUAAAAUCAUUCCAGAAUAUGUAAUAUUUAACUGAUAGCUGCAUGAAAGUAAGAUUCGUGUUACUUUGGCUUUUUUGUCUCUGUUGACACGGUUGCACAUUUCCAAGUUACUACAGUGUGAAAACUGUGUGUUUUAAAGAAAAAAAAAAAAACAAAACAACAAAAAAAAAGAUUGUGGCCUGGUUUUGUAUAAGUUUUAGGUAAAAUUACAAUUGAUUGUUUUAGGAACCAUGAUUUAAAAUUAAUUUUUCUGCAAAUCAUAAAGCUAUAUUAAAGUGUUGAGCUUAGCCACUAUGCACAUUGUAAUUAUUCAUUGUGGCUGUCCAGUUUAUGAUGCAUUCUGGCAUUUUGUAAGCUGCUCUGACUAGCAAUAUAUAGAGUCAUUUAAUGUGUUAACAUUGGUUAAUAAAUGUAUUUAAAAAAAACC